AUGAAGUUGAAGGAAGUACACAGAACGUCGACCUUCGCGUGGUCGCCGUCGCCGUCGCUGCCAUUGUUGGCGACGGGCACCGUUGCGGGCGCGCUGGACGAAUCCUUCAGCAACAACGGCCAACUGGAAGUGUGGGCUCCGGACUUCUUGGACAAGAAUCAAUAUGACCUCGGAGGCGAUGGUCAGGCGGGGCCAAAAGCCUCCGUUACGACUACUUCUAGGUUCAAUCGGCUCGCAUGGGGCUAUGCAGAUGGCGCGCGGGCGCGCGGGGUACUGGUUGCUGGCAUGGAGAACGGGGAGCUAGACAUAUGGGACCCCUCUAAGAUACUAGCCAGUGCAGACCCUACUGAGUCCCUGAUCCUGCGAAACAAGACGCACACAGGCCCAAUUCGCGGCCUCGACUUUAAUCCCAUCCAAACAAACCUCUUCGCGUCGGGGGCGGUGAACGGCGAGAUCUAUAUCUGGGACUUGAAAGACCCGAGCAAACCCUACUCGCCAGGAACACGCAGUACAAAGCUCGAUGAGAUCACAGCUCUUGCGUGGAACCACCAUGUUCAGUAUGCGCUAGCUGCGUCCAGCAGUACUGGCUAUACGGUUGUAUGGGAUCUCCGAGGCAAGCGAGAAGUUGCCGCGCUCGCAUAUGGAGGUGGUGCUGGAACCCUGGCGGGCGGCAUACAAGGGCUUGGUGCUAGUGGUAUGGCCAUGGGAGGGCGAAGAGGCAUGAGUGACGUUGCUUGGCAUCCUGACAAUGCGACGCGACUUGUCACAUCUUCUGAGGAUGAUACCUCCCCCGUGAUCAUGGUAUGGGAUCUGCGCAACGCUCGAGCGCCAGAGAAGAUCCUCACCGGGCACGAGAAAGGCGUCCUGUCCUUGUCGUGGUGCAAACAAGACCCUGAUUUGUUGCUCUCGUGCGGUAAGGACAACCGGGCUUUAUGUUGGAACCCGCAGACUUCGGAGAUCAUAGGCGAGCUGCCCUCCGCAGAUAACUGGGCAUUCCAGGUCCAGUGGUGCCCCCGGAAUCCAGACCUUUUCGCGACGGCAUUCUUUGACGGCACAAUUGGCAUUCACUCGGUUCAAUCUACCAAUGAAUCGAGCGAAUCGGCGCCCGCUGCGUCACAACCUGACGCCGCCGACAUCUUUGGUGCACCGGGCUUCUCCCGCGCUUCACAGGCAACGCUUUCGCUCAAGCAUCCGCCGAAAUGGCUUCGCCGGCCAGUUUCGAGUUCAUUCGGCUACGGCGGCAAGCUUGCCAGUGUCUCAAACCUACCUUCUGCUCAGGGCAAAACGCAGAGCAGUGUCGUUCAUAUCCGCAAGGUGGUCACAGAGACUGCCGUCGUGGAACGUGCGGCGAAGCUGCAGUCGGCGGUCGAAGACGAAACGUUGAGCAACUUUACCAAGGAGAAGAGCGACCUAGAGAAUCACAAGCCCGCUGAGAUCUCUGCAAGCUGGAAAGCUCUUCUCAGCCUGUUCAAGGCCAAUUCGCGUGACGAGCUCAUCACACUUCUUGGUUUCUCGAAAGACGAAAUCGCGGCGCGUGUCGCAGAGGCGGUAGCAAACCUCACAGCAGCUUCCGAGAGGGCUGUGUCGCCUAUAGAGGAUGAUGUCACAGAGACUGAGUCCAAAGCGCCUGUGGUAUCCUUCGCAGAGCCAGAAAGCGAAGCGCGCUCCGACAGUGAAGAGGCGGGUGUAGAAGACAAUACUAAUGCGCCCCUUGCGGAUGGCGAGUCCACAACCACGGCCCCUAGUCUGUUCGGCGAUGAGUUAAUUGGCACGCCUCAAAUGGAUGCAGCUGCGGACUUCUUUGGCAGCAUUGGCACUGUGAGGGAAGCUGACGACCAUAUUCCCAUUCCUCAUACCAACUAUCCGCUUGAUUCUUCCGUGGCCGCAACAAUUGGUUCGACGGCAUCUUCGGUCGCGUCGGAGGUGCUCAAGAGCAACACGUUCAGGAUCUACCCUAAUGACGAGUCGGAGAUAGAUAGGCUCGUCACAAAGGCGCUAGUCCUUGGUGACUUCGGAUCGGCGGUGUCGUUGUGUCUUUCGACCUCCCGGUUCGCCGACGCGAUUCUGUUGGCGGCCAGGGGUGGUCCUGAGCUCCUGCAGCGAACCCAAAAAGCAUACUUCGAGCGUCAGACAAAUGCACUGCCCUACCUCCGCCUCUUCCAGUCCAUUGUCACCAACGAUCUCGAGGAUAUUGUGCAAAACGCUGACUUGCAAGAAUGGCAGGAGAUCUUUGUCGUUUUAUGCACGUUCUCCAGCCAGGAAGAGUUCUCUGGUCUAACUGAGCAGCUGGGCCAGCGUCUCGAGUUCCAGGCCAGCAUCAUCAAGGCGUCCGAAGCACUGGGUACCGAACCAAAGGCUGCUGAGUACAGAAGAAACGCUACUCUUACCUACCUCGCUGCCGGUCGCCUGGAACGACUGGUGAAUAUCUGGAUCGAGGAUCUGACUGAGGAAGAGAAGGCAUUAACGGUAGACGAGAGCCUCAACGGAUCUCGAUACACAGCGCACGCCCUUGCUUUGCAGACAUUCAUUGAAAAGGUAACCGUCUUCCGUGGCGCGAUUCACUACGAGGACGUGGACCUCACUCUGAAGACGCCUGGCGAGGAGCUUGAUGCAAGAACGUACAAACUCUCCGCACUUUAUGAUCGGUAUCUGGAGUACGCCGAUCUUCUCGCUGCACAGGGACUCGUGAAGGAAGCACUCGUCUACCUGAAGCUUACCCCAGAAGGUUACAACGGGUCUCUAGGUUCGUCCUUGAAUUUCAAGGUUGGUAGAGAUCGCCUCUCGAAGGCGGCAGCUUCCGGAGCUUUGCCACAGAGGACCGUGUCCUUACCAGCGGUCUCAUCGAAAGCGGCAGUUACCUCAUCAAGUUCUGCCUACGGUUACGCAACAUAUAACGCACCAGUCCAACAGCCGGUCGUUCCUCAGGUGCCUGUGUCGACUUCCGCGUACGCGUCGUACAAUCCUCCUGCAGUUCCUUCACAGUCGACGAAUCCCUACUUCCCCGCCCAGCCCGUUGCACCGUCUCACUAUCAAUCUACGGCGCCCAUGUCGUACAACCACAACCCCUACUCUCGCCCGGCAUCACAGCCUCAGCACGCCGCAAUACAUCCGGGGCCUCAGCAGACGAACUCCCUUCCUCCCCCACCGCGUGGUAUGAGCGGCACCCCCGGUGCUCCGCCUCCGCCUCCACCUAAGCGCGAUAAUGGUGGUUGGAAUGAUGCACCUUCCCUCGCCCAGCGACGUAAUAAUGCAGGUAGUGUGAGUAGGCCGGCAGCGAUCAUCUCCCCGUUUCCCAACGCCCCGGCAUCGCCUAGUGUUCCGUCCACUCCGUUCUCAGGUCAUGGGCAACCGCCCCCGACACUGCCUCCGCCGCCUCGUCCCGGCAGCGUGCAGUCCCUCCCGCCACCUCCACCGCAGGGUCAGCGUUUGCCACCUCCGCCCCCCCAGGGAGGCGGAAGGCCGUACCCGACUCGUCCACCAUCUGGACCUCCUGGAACUCAGCCUAUGAUGGCUCCCCCCGGCCGUGUCAUGAUCUCUCCGCCGCCUGCUCCCGGUAUGGCUAGGGCGCCUCCGCCGUCCAUGGUUAACACGUACGCUCCGCCUCCUGGACCUCUGUCUGGUCAGACUCCGCCGCAGGCGCAUAUGCAUUUGCCACCCGCGCCCGGUGUUCCUGUCCCUGGACCGUCGGGGCCGUAUGCACAUGCGACGCCGCCUCCGCAGGGCCCGCCUAUCGCCCAGGGACCUCCUCCCUUUGCUCGGCCACCCCCACAGAAUCAGCAACCGCAAAUCGGGGGCUUUGUGCCGCCGCUCCCGCGAGCUGGACAAGCGCCUUCCGGUCCUCCGCGUAAUGGGUCCGCUGCCCCGCCUGCUGCCCCGCGGGCGGCUGCUGGCCCUCCGCCGCCUAAGUAUCCCCCGGGAGAUCGUGAGCAUAUCUCGGACGAAAUGCGGCCGGUAUACACGGUGAUCUCUGGCCAGUUGGAGCAUCUGAAGCAGACCACUCCGCCCCAGCAGCGUCGUCUAGUGGAUGAUCUCGAGCGCAGGAUCAAUCCGCUGUUCGACGCUCUCAAUUGCGACACGCUUUCGAAGCCUGUCCAGGAGAAACUCCUUGUGCUGACUAGAGCUAUGGAGGCGCAUGAUCGCGAUGCUGCCAUGGGAUUGCAUAUGGAUCUGCUCACGACUGGAUCGCUGACGGAUGAUAUCGGGUUGUGGAUGUCGGGAGUCAAGCAGUUGAUCAUGAGGCUCUGAUGGUGCUACCUGGUCUCAUGAACACCGUGGCGUUCGCGCCAUAAAAAUGUGAAUGGACUAGAGGCAGUAAUAACUGGCUGUCUGAGGAUUUACGAUACCAUUGAUGUCUUUCUAAGUUCUGCAGAUGUCGAAUGUCGCAUCGGUUACGUUCGUCUGCAUCUUUGCUCAAUCAUCCGAUGUUAGUAUGCCUGAAGUGCUUCGGAAGCGUGUGUAGGUAUGGUCUAUCGGCUCGCAAUUAGAGGUCAUCGCAG